AUGCUGGGCAUCAUCAACUUGGCCUUCGAGGCCUUCGUGAAGCGGGAUUAUGGCGAAAAUGUUUGGAUGGAGAUCGUGCAGCGAUGUCCUGGUGUGGCGACCAACUGGGUAUCCUCUUGUCCAUACUCAGACAAGGCAAUAUACCAGCUUGGCGCGGCGGCGGCGGCGGUGCUGAAGAUGUCCUUUGAUGACGUGAUCGAAGCGUUUGGAGUGGAUUUUGUCAGAUACGCUGAGGAGAAGGGGUAUGGCCGGCUGAUGCAAGUGCUGGGCAGCAAUGUCACUGCGGACUCGCUGCUGCUGCAUUACCACUCCAGCCGGCCCGGCAUGUGGCCGCUGGUGGCCGGCAUACUGAAGGGCAUGGCGGAGGAGUACUUUGGGUUCACGCUUGGGGUGGAGCUGGUGGCCAGCAGGCACCAGGGGCACGACCAUGAGAUCUUCCGCCUGACCUACCCCCACCAAGAGGCCAUCCGCGCCCGCGACGACACCGCGCGCAAGGCGGCGGCCUCGCUGUUCGCCAUGCCGCCCAACAUGUUCUACGAGCUGCACCCCUUCCACCUUCUGAUGGCGGAGGAGCGCCUCACCCUCCUGCAGGUCGGGCCCGCGCUGGGGCGGCUGCUGCCCGAGGCGCAGGCGGGAGACCCCUUCGGGUACCACUUCAAGAUCCGCCACCCCUAUGUCCCGGUUGAUUACAACGCGAUCACGGGCUUUUUCAACACCACAUUUCUGGUCAACGCCCGCAACACCAUGCUGGAGCUCAUCGGCCAGAUGCUGCCGGUGACGCUGCCGGCAGACGAGGGGACACCGGGCAGCGAGGGCGGCGCGGGCGGCAGGGGAGGCCCGCGGCGCGCGCUGCUGUUCCUGGGGAGCCCGCGGUGCGGUAGCCUCAGCGAGAUGCAGGCCCAGCAGCUGUUCCUGAGUGACAUCCCCCUCCACGACAUGAGCCGCGACUUCAUCCUGCUGGCGGAGCAGCGGCAG